CAGCACCCAUCCUCGGAGACUUGGACUAACCGCAAGUUAAGAUUGACAUAAUAUUUCUACUUCAUAAGUUCGUAUUUCCUAAUACCUACGGAGUAAUUUUGGCUUUCACAUGUGAAAGAAAGAAAACCAAUCUUUUUGAGAGAACAAAUAGAGUACACACCAUAUCAUCAAAGUAACAGAAAACAAAUUCAUCCAACUCAGCCCAAAAAGAGGAAAGAUUGUGCAUUUAAAUAUAUAAUGGCAAGUAUCAAGCUAAGACUAUUAACAUACAUUACGCUACUACACUAAUAUCAUUGAGGGUGGAGAUUCUUUAUCCUUGCCCAUUCUCCUUCCCCUCCCUCUCACCCACUUUUAAAGGGUUUUGUUUGCUAACCUGAGUUGCAUUACAAAGGUAUGAUAGAGCCUUUACUUUACCUACCCUACAAAAAUGCGAGUAUUGUAUUUCAUUCUGCUACUUCCGCGUAAACUAAAUUUUUUUAUGGAGAAAAAAAAAAGUUAGCACCCAUUAUGAUUGGUCUAAUCAACCAAUUUACACAUUUAAUUUUAGGUAUGAACACUUAAGAUUCUUAAAAUUUAUUUCAUGCAACACCGCCUUAUAAUCUGAUUUAGUGCGUCAAUUCUCCAACACACCAAGCAUCUUUUUAUCAAUUCAUCAAUCACUUUUAUCAUAUGCUUUAUAUUUUAUGAAAUACUUUAUUUAAAGAGAACAAAGAUAAAUGUUCUCUUUUCAUUUACGUACACACCUGAAAAAAAUUAGGAAUAGUGAUUAAAGUGUGCCCUCCACACGCCAAAGACACUAGCUUAUAUAUACCCCUUAACAACCUGAGUGUGUCUUCCACACUCUCUUGCCUUAAUCUUAGGAAAACAUACAACUUCAAAUUUUCCUAAACUUCAUCUUUUUUUUUUUUUUUGGUCCUUACAAAAACUUCUCCUAUGUCUUCUAAUAACAAUGAAAAACCCUCCUUUAACCAAGUGAAGCCAAACAUCACUCCAAGCAUCGAAAUCGAACAUGAGUCCGAUGGCCCGGAUUACUCGAAACGUGCCCAAUGGCUCCGGGCUGCGGUCCUUGGGGCGAAUGACGGACUCCUAUCUGUAGCCUCACUUAUGAUUGGGGUCGGGGCAGUCCGGCCCGACCCGGGGACGAUGGCUCUUACCGGGCUUGCGGGCUUGUUUGGUGGGGCAUGUAGCAUGGCAUUAGGCGAGCUAGUGUCAGUUUGGGCCCAACGGGAUGCUGAGCUAGCACAACUCCUCCGUGACCAAGAGGCCCAUCCUAGCCCGCCCGGCUCCAUGGAGGAUAAAAAGCGGGCCCUACCAAGCCCGCUAUGUGCUGCGGCUGCUUCAGCCGCAGCAUUUGCAGCCGGAGGAGGGGUUCCACUCCUUGUAGCUGCGUUCAUAAAAUCCUACAAGGCAAGGUUGGUUUCGGUGCUAGUAACUGUGACACUCGCGCUAUUCGCCUUUGGUUGGCUCGGGGCCGUCCUAGGAAAGGCUCCGGCCUUGAGAUCAUCAAUAAGAGUCUUGGUAGGUGGAUGGAUAGCUAUGGGAGUCACAUUUGGGUUGACAAAGUUGGUCGGUUUUACAGGGAUCUAGCAAGCUAGAAGUGUGACUUAAUACUCUAUAUUGUUGUAAUAGAAAGGAGUAAGUUGUGCGUGUACGUACAUCAUUGAAUUAUAUAAAUGAAAUUUCAUUGUAGUUUAUAAUUAA